CACGCGCACGACCGGGGACUCCUCGGCGUGCGGACGCCACGCUAACGGCUCGGCCUGGGAGGGUGGUGCGCGUGAGGCUGAGGCCGCAGGAUGGCGGGCACCGGUCUGGUCGCCGGGGAGGCGGUGGUGGACGCCCUGCCUUACUUCGAUCAGGGUUACGAAGCGCCCGGCGUGCGGGAGGCUGCUGCUGCCUUGGUAGAGGAAGAAACGCGUAGGUACCGGCCUACCAAGAACUACCUGAGCUACCUACCGGCCCCGGAUUACUCAGCCUUUGAGACUGACAUUAUGAGAAAUGAAUUUGAAAGACUGGCUGCCCGACAACCGAUUGAAUUGCUUAGCAUGAAACGAUAUGAACUUCCAGCUCCCUCCUCUGGGCAGAAGAAUGAUAUCACUGCAUGGCAGGAAUGUGUAAACAAUUCCAUGGCCCAACUGGAGCAUCAGGCAGUUCGCAUUGAAAACCUUGAGUUGAUGUCACAACACGGUUGCAAUGCCUGGAAAGUAUAUAAUGAAAAUCUAGUUCAUAUGAUUGAACAAGCGCAGAAGGAACUGCAGAAAUUAAGAAAACAUAUUCAGGAUUUAAACUGGCAGAGGAAGAACAUGCAACUCACCGCUGGAUCUAAAUUACGAGAAAUGGAGUCGACCUGGGUCUCCCUCGUCAGUAAAAAUUAUGAGAUCGAACGGACUAUUGUACAGCUAGAAAAUGAAAUCUUCCAAAUCAAGCAACAGCAUGGAGAAGCAAACAAAGAAAACAUUCAACAGGAUUUUUGAAAAACUGGGGUGUAGGGGGGAGGGAGAGAAAGGGCAUCUUAGGAAUUCUUAAGGCAUCAGGAAAUUGAAUGAUUCUCAAAUCAUGGUAAGAACCUGUUGAGAGAUGGUAAUAACCUGAAUAGCUUGUGAAUGCUUUAGGAAUAUGAUAGUAACUUAGAAACUGUACAGAAUGCUUGAAUUAAUAGUUCUUUGUAUUAUAUUUAAUUCUAUUUGUAUAUUUCUUUAAUAAAUAAAUUUUUACCUUAAAA